AUGUCACAUUUAAAUGCAUGUGCGCAGCUGGUAAAAAUGCGGGAGGCGAAGGGGUUCCGGACGGACCGCACGCAUGACUUGGCGCAUUCUGUUGUCAUUCAAAUACAGCCGUGGCUCAUGCAGGGGCUUCCUGUCGAUGGCGGCACUCUUGGGGAUGAGGCUAUUCACAAGUGGCUAUGGAUGCUGACUUCCCAGACACCAGCAGCCAAGAUGGCAGCUUUGAGUCUUGAAGUCGGAAAACUACGGAAUCGCGCUACUCGACUUCUUACACAUGGCACGCAUGGCAUGUCGAGCCUAAUCCAUUCUUUAAACCACCUAAUUGAGGAUAUCGUUAGCCUAGAGGCGAGGAUUGCGGAUUGGCAAUCGUGUUGCGAGCCAAGGUGGGUUCAAAAGAAGAUGACGUUGCGUACACCAAACGGUGAAGAGAUGCAGGCAAGCUACUACUCCGAUAUUCAAGUCUCCAAGGUUUGGAACUACUGGCGAGUUUCACGCAUUACACUACACAACAUCAUGAUCAGCCUUGUUGACUACGGACAAUCACAUCAGAUGUCCACGCCGUGUCGAAACUUGGACAUUUUGAAAGCCAACUCGGCGCAGAUCAUCAACAGCAUGAUUUCGGAGAUAGUAGCGAGCGUUCCAUUUCACCUUCAGCAAAUUGAUACAAGAGGCCGACCAAGCACGCAGCAAAGUCAACGCGUUCUUGGAGGAUGUGCUCUCAUCUGGCCAUUACAAAUGCUGCUCAAGUGCAAAUGGAGCUUGACGUGUCACAAGACUGUGGCAGUGGAGACGUUACAUGUCAUUGGUAACGUCUUUGGAGUCAGUCAAGCGCGAUUGUUUUUAUAG